CAAGUCCACAUGGCUAGUUUCCAUCAGAUCAGCCAUACGUGUAGAAGCACCACCAGUUUCGUCCCAUAGCUAUAGAGUUAAUUGAACAUUAAGCACAAUAAGUUUCAAUCAUCAUCACCAUCAUCACGUCAUUGCCGAGUGGUUUCAUUGUUCAUUUCGUCCACAAUUUACUUAUGUACUUAUUUAGAAGCUGUGAUUUGUGAAUCGUUUCGUGAAGAGCAGACUAUUGUCUGUCUGUCUAUCUGAGUAUGCCAAUUUCUGCUCACUUACUUUAUGCUAAUCUCAGGCUCAGUCAUUGUAUUGUGCAUACAUACACACUGGACAAUGCAAUAUUUAUUAAGUGUAUGAAACGAGUUUUUGAUUUAGUGCAGAAUCUGUAUUAUUAUUAUAACAAAUGCCAUGGACUUUAGACGGCAUUUAGGUAGACAUCAUUCAUGAUGAAAUAUGAGUGAUGUGAUUGGCAGAGUUUUAUUUUAUUAUUAUUCCGAAUCAGGAAUCUCGACGGGAUCACAUUUCAUCGUACGAAUAACGACUUCUUCCAUUCUGCAUACCAAUGCCGUUUCUUCGCAAUAAUAAUAAUAUCAUGCACCACCAGUUUCUUUAAAUCGCUUCUUCUCCAUUCAAUAAUUUCCAAGUUUUCUUCCAAAUUUUCCACCCCGUAAAUUUUACAUGACACAAAAUGUCAUCCUACUUGACGACAUGGGACUACGUCGUUUUUGGCACUGUGCUCGUCAUCUCGGCCGCAAUCGGUGUGUACUACAGGUUCACGGGGGGACGCCAGAAAAAUGUGGAGGAAUAUAUGAUGGCGAACAGUAAAAUGUCCGCGACACCGGUCGCUUUCUCCCUGAUGGCGAGCUUCAUGUCGGCAAUUACCAUAUUGGGCGUGUCCUCAGAAAAUUACAUGUACGGCACGCAGUUUCUCGUCAUCAACAUCAGCUACGUUUUGGCCACACCGAUCGUCGCGUAUAUUUAUUUACCCGUGUUUUAUAGACUGAAAACCCUUUCCGUGUACGAGUACUUGGAACGAAGGUUCGGCAAAGGGACGCGUCUAGUCGGGUCGGCUGCAUUUUCCCUGCAAAUGAUCCUUUACAUGGGGAUCGUCCUUUACGCGCCGGCCUUGGCGUUAAGCGCGGUCACCGGGUUGUCGAAGGUGGGCGCUAUUUUGAGCAUUGGAGCCGUCUGCACGUUCUACUCUUCCAUCGGCGGAAUGAAAGCGGUCCUCAUCACGGACGUCUUUCAGAGCUUGUUAAUGUUUGCUGCCGUGUACUGCGUCAUCAUUAAAGGGUCGAUUGAUCUCGGCGGCGUGGGAGAAAUCUGGCGGAUUGCGGAGGAAGGGGGGCGUAUUCACUUUUUAAACUUCAGUCUGGAUCCGACCGUACGACACACCGUGUUCACUCAAAUUUUUGGAGGAAUGUUUGUAUAUUUGAGUUUAUACGCUGUUAACCAGGCCCAAGUACAACGACUUUUGACAGUGAGAGAUCUCAAACGCUCCCAGUUCAGCCUCUGGUUGAGCCUGCCAAUCCUCAUGUUUCUCAGCUUAUCGACAGCAAUGGCAGGACUGACGAUUUACGCCAAGUACAAAGAUUGCGACCCUUUACUCACCAAACGAAUUUGCUCCGCUGAUCAACUACUUCCCCUCUUUGUCGUCGACUCGCUCGACAAACUCCCCGGACUGACGGGGCUCUUUAUCGCCGGAAUUCUCAGCGGUUCCUUAUCCACCGUCUCGUCCGCCAUCAACUCGCUGGCCGCCGUCUCCUGGGAAGAUUAUAUCCAUCCCUUGGUCCGCAAAGCGCGCGGGGUAAACAACCCCGUCGCCCCUGCGACGGUCUCCUUCGCCAACAAAAUCCUCGCCCUGUGCUACGGCCUCGUCUGCAUUGGGGUCGCCUUCCUCGCGGAAAAGUUCACCGGCGUGCUGCAAGCGAGUCUCACCAUUUUCGGCGUCGUGGGCGGACCACUCCUCGCUCUUUUCACGUUGGGCAUGAUGUUCCCCUUCACCAGCCAGAGGGCCGUCGUCCCAGCCUUCCUGAUUUCACUAGGGUUAGGAUUAUGGAUGGGAUUUGGAGGUCCGAAACCGGAAAUACAGAGAUUAAGUGGGGGCACGACGUGUCCACAGUAUGGAAACGAGACCGUUUUUCCUGUGGCGAACUGCAAGCCGGGGAAUCCGCUGAGUGACAAGCUACCCGAAGACUACUUUUACCUCUACCGAAUUUCCUACCAGUGGUACACCCUCAUCACCUUCACCAUCACGCUCAUCCUCGGCUGUCUCUUCAGUAUGUGUGCCCCCCAACGAGAAAAAGUCGACCAGUCUCUCUUGAGUCCGGCCAUUUCGAAAAUAAUGCAGCCCAAGAAGGCCUCCUCCUACUCGACAGAGUUAUCUUCUUCCAAGAAGAAGAACAACAAUGAGAACGAGCCGCCCCACUCGCCGAGUCCCAGCCCCACAAACGAGCUCGAAUCCAGCCCCAAUAAACCCAUCCUUCCUCAGGAACCAAUUACCAGCAGCAGUAUUAUUUUAGAAAAUAGUGAUAAAUUAAAAUUCAGGAAAUCUUGUGAUUCAGAUAUUCAACAAAAUUUACCUGGUGAAAAAAUGUGAUUAAUUUUUAAAAGAAUCUGCUCACAAGAAAUGUUACAUAUCAAAAUCAGAGCUGUAUUUAUAGACAGUUAGUUAGAGAUUUAUUUAGAAAGUGCAAAAAUUGGGAACAAAUCAUCCAGAAUUAUAUGCGUUUUAGUAGUAGCAUUUAUUUAUUUAUUAUCAAAUUAAUUAUGUAUGUAUUUUUCUAUGCUUAAAGAUUUAUUGGAUUUGUUAAAUAUGUAUUUACAUUCAAUAUCAAGAUUGGAUUAUAAAUAAUACAAGAUAAUUUAUUGUAUCGAGUUAUUUACGAGGAAUUAAUCACCUA